GUAGAAGUGUUACGACACCUUUAGGUAUAAUGUGAUCGAAUAAUGCUCAUUACGCUUAGCGGAGGAAUACUUAUUGCAAAUACUCAUUAAAUGCAUUUUAUUAUAAACAAAUAAUUAUAUAUGACGCUCCUUUCACUAUUGCAACAUCAACUGUAAAAUUUCUGUACGGGAACGUUCUGCUUUUGCCAAGUUUUUUAUGGAUGAGAUGUGACACUUGUAAUAUUAUCACUGCAGUUGCCCCAUUGAAUGUGAGUGCAACAGCAGGAAAGAAUGAAAAGUAACUUGUCAUAAAUAUAGUUCUUUAAAAAUAAAUUAAGUUGUCAUGGAAACAGAACAUCUAAAUCAUGACUGUUCAACGCUUUCUAAUUUGGCUAUCAAUCCAGACAUGACAAAUGAUCUUUUGCUUGAUUCUGAAAUCAGAAACAACAAUACACGAACAAUACUAGAGAGUGUGUGCCAGGAUUUUGAGAACCUUGACGUGUUAGCUGCUAGACAAAGUAGAUUAGCUUUAUUAAAAAAAUGGAAAUCGCCAGAAAAUUUUUCAGAAUACUCAACAGAUGGAAGUGAAAUUUCAAAUUUGACUGUCGAAAGAAAAGUAGAAUGUGCUCCAGCAGAGGAUAUAUUCAUUUCAGAUACUGGAUCCAGUCCAACUGAUUCUUAUCAAAAUGCUGUAAUUGAUGAAAAUUCUAUUAGUUCCCAGGUAACAACUGUUUUAGAAGUGUCAUCUUCAGAUUCACAGAAUCAAACUAGUGAUAAUAUUGGGAAUUCUGUGAAAGAUUCAAGAACUGAAAUGGUACCUGCACAAGAUCCUUCAAAAGUAGGAAUUCUUUCUGAUAAUUUUACUAAUGAGAAAAAUAUUUCAUCAUCUUUGGCAGAGCUAGCAGAUGCAGAAAUUGUUCAAACUAGUGAAAAUGCCGUAUCUAUAAUAAUAUCUAAUCCACGUUUCAUACAAGUAUUAAAUUGCAAAGACUCGGGUGUACCAUCUGAUACUUCUAAUGUAACAUUGAAUAGCAGCUGUAUUGUUUCAGAAAAAGAGAAUUUAAAUGAAGUUAUUGUCGAUGGAUCCGCACCUGUUUCUGAUUAUACUUUACAUGAAGAUAAUAUAGAAAAAGAUCUCCAUACUGAAGUUGCAAAUGAAAUAAUUUAUUCAGAAGGAGAGGAAAUGUAUAAUUUUGCCCAUACAUAUACAACAUUAAAUACUUAUUCUAGAGAGAAAAAUAAACCAUAUUACAGAUCAAGGGCAGAUUUAGGAAAAGUUGCAGCAACAAGAGCUCGUAGAAUUACUGCAAAAAUGAAGGCUGAAUGGACCAGGGUUCUGGAAGAAAAAGGUUUUCUUGUUUGUCCCCUGUCUGGAUGCUUCCAAAAAUAUCGGACAAUGGCAAAUUUUCAAACUCAUUAUAAAUAUUGUUACUCAGGGAUGGAAAAGGACUUGAAGCAUUGUCCUUAUUGUGCUAGUGUUAUUUUCUCCUCGCACAAAGCUGUUUUGCAUCACAUGAAAGUAGAGCAUCCUGAAAAGCUGGAUGAAUAUAAAACAAAUUUCCCUCAGCCUGAAGAUGUAUAUAAUUGUUUUGAAGAUGAAUCAAGGCUUGUUGAAAUUUCACAGAAAUCAUUAAAAAUUCAUAAACGUAAAUUUAAUAUAGCGAAAGAAAAUCGUCUCUCACCUAAAAAGAGGAUUUUGAAGAAUAAAAUUAAAACUAUACGUCAACCUGAUAUUGAAAAUUCACAACUUAGAGAAUGUGGACGAUUUGAUGAGAUUGUGUCCAAGAUAAGCUCUGUAAACAAAACACAAUCUGCUGAGAGAGAUGAAAAUAAAUUAACCAAAGAGCGUCGUAAACGAAAGCUUAUUUUAACUGGACAUGUUGUGACUGCUGAAAAAUAUUUUGAAGAUGAACGUGAUGAUGAUGCACCAAAUGACAUGCCAGUUGAAAAGGAAGCCGAGGAAAAAGAAAAAAUAUAUACUAAAUCACGUCUUGUUUUGAACAUGGAUCGUUAUAAACGAUAUACUCAAUACCUCACUGUGACACGCGAUUUUGGAUCGCACCGAAAAACAUACUCUAGGCCAAAAAGUUCACAUGUUUUAGACUCGUCACAAUUGUUAACCGUACAGAAUGAUUCUAGUGAAUUAGACAUACACCAACUUAAUAGUAGUUUUGAGACUUCAAACAUAUCAUUAAAUGAAAAUGAUACUUUGUGUUUAGCUAAUAAUAAUAAUAAUAGUGAUCUGUGUUGUGUGCCACCUGAAAUUUCUGCCUUUGAUCCUUUGCAAUCUGAGGCUGUCAUUUUGAACAAAAUACAUUUAGAUAGCAAAAUGAAAAGAAACUCUAUAGUGAAUUAUGAAACAGAGAGAGACAGUAAUUGCCUGAACAGUAAUGAAUCAAAUGAACCUGCAAAAGAGAAAAUACCUUGUUAUAGACCUCAAAUUAGUGCCAUAUCUUCACCAAGAAUUGAACCAGUUUCUUCUCGUAAGCCAUCAUUGAAAAUUUCUCCAAUCAUAACAUAUGGCAAAAUUCCUGAUUCUAUCACUGCACUGAAAUCCAACAGACCUCCUACUGUCGAUUUUGAUUCCUUAGUUAAAAAUUCUGCCUGUAACAAAAAGUUAAUCUCAACUGGAAAUAUACAACUUCCCUCUGUUGAAAAGUCUAAAUAUAAUAAAGAAGAUGGCAUAAAACAUCCUUACCAUAGCACUUCAUCUGUUGCACCUUUUAAACGUAAGAGAGGGAGACCUAGAAAAGACAGUAUACUUGGCGAAAGACCACUUUUGUGUAAUAACUUAGAAAAUAACAAGAUAUCUGGAAGCUUAUACACAUAUUCAAAUCUGAGGACUCUUGAAAAAUCUGGAAAUUUGAAAAAAGUAAAAGACAAAACCUCUUCAGAGAAAAAUAGAAAUAUUGCCCCAAAUUCCAAAGUUGCAGUGAACAAACUUUCUUCAAAAAUGCAUUCUAAAUUAUUACAAAAAAGGAGAAUAAAAAUAUCUGCUAAAUCCAGCUUGAAAAAGGCUAUCAUGUGUGGUGUGAAAAGAAAUAGAAGAGGUGAUAUGCUUAAAAGAGAGAAGAAAAGAGGCAGACCACCCCGUGUUUGCAUAAAAAGCUUAUUUAAAAAUUCUAAACUUGAAAAUAAGCAGAAAAAGGACAGGGAAUCUAUGCAUAUUAGUUCUUUGAAAAAUUCUAAUACUGAUCAUAAUUACUUUGCAUCUCUUAUUAAAAUUUGUAUAAAUCAAGAAAGAAGUUUAAGUAAUUCUGUGAAUGUUAGAAAAGAACAACCAAAUGAAACACAAGAUGUAAUUGAGCAAAAGGAAAGCAAAUGUAGUAUUUCUCAUCUUUCUUCAAAAGAAGUGGAAUUUUCAGAAAUAUUGCCUCAGGAAGUAAUUAUUAGUUCUACAGUAACAGAAAAAGAAGCUAUAUUAUCAUCGCCUUCUCCCAUCCAAUAUGUUGAAAAUAUAUCUACAACACAGAGUGAGAAAAACAGUGUAAGUUCUCUCAUCGCGAGAGAACAAAACAUUGCCCAGUACUUACCAAAAGCACCUGAACAACCUAUUAUUUCUUUGCAUUCAGAGACUGCUGAUUUUUCAGUGUCCAGUCAUCCUCCUACUAAUGAUAAGAAUGUCUUUCAUGAAAAAGAUAGCCCGCCUGUUGUGAUUAAACGAUCCAGAGGGAGACCAAGAAAAAGUGCUACACCACAGCAGGAAAAAAAAGUUGAAGACCUUCUGAAAGGUACCGAAAAAUCUCUUGUGAAUCAAAUUUCCUCUGCUUCCUUCCCUGGUGUACGUAAAAGUGAACGUGUAAGAAAACGAAAGCUUGGGUCUGAUGAAAUAGAACAUAGAAGCAUAGAGAAAGAGAAAGUGUAUGCUGAACAAUUUGAAAAAACAGGUCGAAGAGGGAGACCUAGAAAAUAUCCUAGAUUAGACCGGGAUGAAAAUAGUAAUUCUGAACUUAAGACAAGUGAUACAAAUUUAUUAGAAAAGCAGCGAAAUGCUUCACCUUUGCCUCUAAAGGAUAAAAGGACUGAAAUUUCAGAUACCCCCUGCAACACUGCGCGCGGUCGUAGAGGUCGACCUCGGCUAGAACGAAUAGAACCAGAAGUCAGUGAAAUUACCAGAUCGGGACAAGAAGUUAGUAAAAGUACUAUAUUGGAACCAGAAAUCGGUAAAAGUACUAUAUCGGAACCAGAAAUCGGUAAAAGUACUGUAUCGGAACCAGAAAUCAGUAAAAGUAUCAUCUCGGAGCCAGAAGUCAGUAAAAGUACUAUAUCGGAACCAGAAAUCAGUAAAAGUACUAUAUCGGGACCAGAAGUCAGUGAAAUUACCAGAUCGGAACCAGAAGUCAGUGAAAUUACCAGAUCGGAACCAGAAGUCAGUGAAAUUACCAGAUCGAAACCAGAAGUCAGUGAAAUUACCAGAUCGAAACCAGAAGUCAGUGAAAUUACCAGAUCGAAACCAGAAGUCAGUGAAAUUACCAGAUCGAAACCAGAAGUCAGUGAAAUUACCAGAUCGAAACCAGAAGGCAGUGAAAUUACCAGAUCGAAACCAGAAGUCAGUGAAAUUACCAGAUCGGAACCAGAAGUCAGUGAAAUUACCAGAUCGGAACCAAAAGGCAGUGAAAUUACCAGAUCGGAAGCAGAAGUCAGUAAAAGUACCAGAUCGAAACCAGACAUCAAUGAAAUUACCAGAUCGGAAGCAGAAGUCAGUAAAAGUACCACCUCGGAGCCAGAAAUCUGUGAAAGUACUAUAUCGGAGCCAGAAAUCUGUAAAAGUACUAUAUCGGAGCCAGAAAUCUGUAAAAGUACUAUAUCGGAGCCAGAAAUCUGUAAAAGUACUAUAUCGGAGCCAGAAAUCAGUAAAAGUACUAUAUCGGAGCCAGAAAUCAGUAAAAGUAUCAUCUCGGAGCCAGAAAUCAGUAAAAGUAUCAUCUCGGAGCCAGAAAUCAGUAAAAGUAUCAUCUCGGAGCCAGAAAUCAGUAAAAGUAUCAUCUCGGAGUCAGAAGUCAGUAAAAGUGCAGUCUCGGAGCCAGAAGUCAGUAAAAGUAUCAUCUCGGAGUCAGAAGUCAGUAAAAGUGCAGUCUCGGAGCCAGAAGUCAGUAAAAGUAUCAUCUCGGAGCCAGAAGUCAGUAAAAGUAUCAUCUCGGAGCCAGAAGUCAGUAAAAGUAUCAUCUCGGAGCCAGAAGUCAGUAAAAGUAUCAUCUCGGAGCCAGAAGUCAGUAAAAGUAUCAUCUCGGAGCCAGAAGUCAGAAAAAGUAUCAUCUCGGAGUCAGAAGUCAGAAAAAGUAUCAUCUCGGAGUCAGAAGUCAGAAAAAGUAUCAUCUCGGAGCCAGAAGUCAGAAAAAGUAUCAUCUCGGAGCCAGAAGUCAGAAAAAGUAUCAUCUCGGAGCCAGAAGUCAGAAAAAGUAUCAUCUCGGAGCCAGAAGUCAGAAAAAGUAUCAUUUCGGAGCCAGAAAUCAGUAAAAAUACCAUCUCGGAGCUAGAAGUCAGUAAAAGUGUCAGCUCGGUACCAGAAGUUAGUGAAAUUGCUGUAUCAGAACCGGAAAUCAAUAAAAGCACCAGAUCAGAACAUGAAAUAAGUAUAUAUGAGAAAGAGACUCGGAACUCUUUAGUGAAUACGCUUGCUGAUAAAAAUAUUGAAAAUAAAGAUAAAAAAAUUGAACAAAAUAAGAAGCUGGAAAAUGAGAAGGAUAUUCAUAUAUUAUCAAUGCAUUCUGAUUCUUAUUCACCAUCUGAGAAGAGAUUGAUUCUACCAUUGAAAAAACGAAAAAAAAUUGAAGAAAAAAUUCAUAGUGCUUCUUCCCCUAAGAGUAGCAUUUAUGACAUUUCAGUGGAAAAAGAAAUGGCUGCUGAAAGAAAAAUAAUAUCUGAUAAGGGUGCAAAAGAUGCACUUUCUAAAAUGAUGGAGAAAAAGAUGUCUGCUUCUUUGUAUACCUCUUCUGUCCAAGCAGAGAGUGAUUUGUCUGAUAAGGAUCCAGAAUUGGAUAAAUUGAAUGUUCCUUAUAGAGAAAUAGAAUGCACAGAUGGUGAGAUUUAUCCAGCGCUAAAACCAAACAUUAGUGAAUUUAAAAUUUUCUCAAAUAAGCUUAUGUGGAAAGAAUAUUUGGAAGCAUCAGUUUCUAUAAAGAUGAACACCACCUGUGAAUGGAUUAGAUUAAAAUGUUUCGAUAGCAUUUCUUUAGAUGAUUCAAAGAGCUCUACAUUUUUCACUGGUGGCCCAGUUCAAAGCUCUGCAUUUUGUCCUAUUCCAAGUCAUAUGGACCAGUACGUUGCUGUGGCUUCAAGUAAUAAAAUAUAUAGUACAGGCAGACAAAAUUCUCUUUCAUAUCUUGACACAAAAAAUGAAAAAGGAUUAAUUCAGUUUUGGAAUCUUGGUUGUCUUCAGAGUACUAGGUUAAAUCGCCUUCCAUGCAUGGAAUUUGCUUUGGAACAUCAGCAUGGAAUUAUUACUGAAAUGAAAUGGUGUCCAAAAGGUUGUUAUGAUCUUCCUCUCUCUAGUGAUGGGGUUGUAGGUUCCAGAUUAGGUUUGCUUGCAUUAUCCUGCUCUGACUCCUAUAUACGAGUUUAUUGUGUCCCACAUCCAAAUAUUUUGCCUAAAACUAAUGGAAAUGCAUCUAUAUAUACUACAAGUCCAACAUUAGUAUUGACGCCAUUAUUUAGUGAUCCAUGUUCUUUAACCAGAAGAUCAAUAGCUACAUGCUUAGAUUGGCACCGAAAUGCUGACGUCAUUGCAGCUGGGUAUGGAAAUGGUUGCAUUUGUGUCUGGAUGGUGAAGAUAAUAUCAGCUUCUUCAGCAACGAUUGUCACAGUGAAGAAUAAAGACCAGUCUGUAUCAAUAUUGCCUUAUUUGGUAUUUGAAGCUUCUGGCACACCAAUUACUAGUAUUUCCUUUGCGCCUCUUAAUAAUUUCCAGUACCUUGUUAGCUCAAGCUUUGACAAAACUUUGAAAUUUUUCGAUUUGCUUGAUACAAGUAUGCCUUUCUGCAGCAUAAAGAGAGGAUUUGCCCUUAAUGAUUGCAAAUGGGCUAAGGAUUUCUGUGGUUCAUUGAUUUCAUUGUAUGAUGGUAUCAUUUUCAAAGGUUCUACUUUUGCAAAAGAGUGUGGAACUGAAGAAUUUCCAGCUCAGAAUAUUGCUGAUACUUUUGGAUCUAUAACAUGUUCUGCUAUUUCAGAUAUAAUUGAUGUGCAAGCAAUAGCUGAUAUUACUGGUACAGUGUCCGCCAACUUUUUUUAUUGUUCCUGUGAUGAAAUAAAACAGCCAUCUUUUGAUACAUAUGUUUUAUUUGAAACUGAAAUCGUCUGUUUAGAUCAGGAUGGAAGGAUACCUUUUGACAAUGUGUUAAAUUCUGAAGUUUCUACAGUUCUCGAAAAUGUAGUGGAUGUUGUAGAACUGGUAAUGGACAAAUUUGCCAAAUAUUGUGAAUAUAAUUCAUCAUUUAAUCUGCACAAUGUGGUUACAUCAAAUAUUGUUAAAGUCAAAAAAUCAAUGGACUUUUGUUAUUAUGAACCAGAAUUAAUAGAUUUAAUGAAUAAUCUUCUUGAAUCAGUAAUUGCAAUAGGUACUUCUGAAAUGAAUACAGAAAAUACUCCUGUUGUGCUCAAUUUGAAGAAGAGAAGACUUGAUGGGUCAAUUGAAAAUGAGGAAAUAUCAAGUGUUUCUUUGAUUGAUUCUGCUUCUGAUCAUGUGAAAGAAAAAAUAUAUUUUCCAAUCGAAGAACUAUUAAAUACUACUCUGCCGAUACCAAAGGAGCAAUUAAUGUAUGUGGAUAAGAACGAAGAAAAAUUUAAAAUUUUCGAACAGUUAAGCAGGUCAUCUCCCUCUCUCACUGAUGUUGCAACACGCAUUUGUAAUUCUGUUAUUGAAGAUUCUUUCUCCGAGAUUUCUUCUCAUGCAGCUUCUUUUGUUGAUAUAGAAUGUAAUAUUUUGCUUCAAAAUUGUGUUGACUCAGUUUGUAGUAAUAGUCAGUAUUGGCGUGGUGAAUCAAAAUUACAAUUCAUUCCUGAGGUUCACCAAUGUAUUGAAUCAAAAUCAGAUUGUGCUGUUGCGCCCAAGAUAUUAUUAAAGUCAGUAUGCAACGUUAUGCCUUUGCAGCAUCUUGAAUCAAAAUCCAGUGCUAUGCAGAUGUCUGUCGAAUCAGAAUCCACUAAUGUACAGCCGUCUGCCGAAUCGGAAUCCAGUGUUGUGCAGUCCACAGUGGAAUUGGAAUCCAGUUUUGUACAACCCACAGCCGAAUCGGAAUCCAGUGUUGUGCAGCCUUUAGCCGAUUCUGAACUCCGUGUUGUGCAGUCCGUAGCCGAUUCUGCAUCCAGAGUUGUGGAUCACUCUGCCGAUUCCGAAUCCAUUGUUGUGCAUACCUCUGCCAAUUUGAAAAUUGUUGUUGUGCAUCCCUCUGCCGAGUCAGAACCCACUUGUGCACCUCCCUCUGCCGAAUCAGAACCCACUUGUGCACCUCUCUCUGCCGAAUCAGAACCCACUUGUGCACCUCUCUCUGCCGAAUCAGAACCCACUUGUGUCCCUCUCUCUACCGAGUCAGAACCCACUUGUGUCCAUCUCUCUGCCGAGUCAGAACGCACUUGUGUCCAUCCCUCUGCCGAGUCAGAAUCCACUUGUGUCCAUCCCUCUGCCGAGUCAGAAUCCACUUGUGUCCAUCCCUCUGCCGAGUCAGAAUCCACUUGUGUCCAUCCCUCUGCCGAGUCAGAAUCCACUUGUGUCCAUCCCUCUGCCGAGUCAGAAUCCACUUGUGUCCAUCCCUCUGCCGAGUCAGAAUCGAGUGGUGUCUAUCCCUCUGCCGAGUCAGAAUCGAGUGGUGUCCAUCCCUCUGCCGAGUCAAAAUCCACUUGUAUCCAUCCCUCUGCCAAAUCAGAAUCCAGUGGUGUGCAUGCCUCUGCCGAAUCAAAAUCCAGUGGUGUGCAUGCCUCUGCCGAAUCAGAAUCCAGUGGUAUGCAUCCCUCUGCCGAGUCAGAAUCCACUUUUGUGCUGCCGACUGCAGAGUCGGAUUCCACAGUUGUGCUGCCGCCUGCCGAAUCAGAAUCCAGUGAUGUGGAGCCGCUUGCCGAAUCGGAAUCCACUGUUGUGCUGUCGCCUACCGAGGUGAAUUCCACUGUUGUGCUGUCGCCUACCGAGGUGAAUUCCACUGUUGAGCUGCCGCCUAUGGAGUCGGAAUCUACUGUAGUGCUGCCGAUUAUGGAGUCGGAAUCUACUGUAGUGCUGCCGCCUAUGGAGUCGGAAUCUACUGUAGUGCUGCCGCCUAUGGAGUCGGAAUCUACUGUAGUGCUGCCGCCUAUGGAGUCGGAAUCUACUGUGGUGCUGCCGCCUAUGGAGUCGGAAUCUACUGUGGUGCUGCCGCCUAUGGAGUCGGAAUCUACUGUGGUGCUGCCGCCUAUGGAGUCGGAAUCUACUGUGGUGCUGCCGCCUAUGGAGUCGGAAUCUACUGUGGUGCUGCCGCCUAUGGAGUCGGAAUCUACUGUGGUGCUGCCGCCUAUGGAGUCCAAUUCCACAAUUGUGCUGCCACCUAUGGAGUCCAAUUCCACAAUUGUGCUGCCACCUAUGAAGUCCAAUUCCACAAUUGUGCUGCCAGCUAUGGAGUCCAAUUCCACAAUUGUGCUGCCACCUAUGGAGUCCAAUUCCACAAUUGUGCUGCCACCUAUGGAGUCCAAUUCCACAAUUGUGCUGCCACCUAUGGAGUCGAAUUCUGCAGUUGUGCUGCCACCUAUGGUGUCGAAAUCCACUGUUCAGCCCUAUGCCGAAUCGGAAUCCACCGUUGUGCAAGCAAAGGCCGAAUCGGAAUCCACCGUUGUGCAAGCAAAGGCCGAAUCGGAAUCCACCGUUGUGCAAGCAAAGACCGAAUCGGAAUCCACCGUUGUGCAAGCAAAGGCCGAAUCGGAAUCCACCGUUGUGCAAGCAAAGGCCGAAUCGGAAUCAACCGUUGUGCAAGCAAAGGCCGAAUCGGAAUCAACCGUUGUGCAAGCAAAGGCCGAAUCGGAAUCCACCGUUGUGCAGCCAACCACAGAAUCGGAAUCCACCGUUGUGCAGCCAACCACAGAAUCGGAAUCCAUUGUGGUGCAGCGACCCGCAGAAUCGGAAUCCAGUGUUGUGCAGCCACCCACAGAAUCGGAAUCCAGUGUUGUGCAGCCACCCACAGAAUCGGAAUCCAGUGUUGUGCAGCCACCCACAGAAUCGGAAUCCAGUGUUGUGCAGCCACCCACAGAUUCGGAAUCCAGUGUUGUGCAGCUACCCACAAAAUCGGAAUCCAGUGUUGUGCAGCCACCCACAAAAUCGGAAUCCAGUGUUGUGCAGCCACCCACAGAAUCGAAAUCCACUGUUGUGCAGCCAUCUGUCGAAUCUGAAUCCACUGUUGUGCAGCCGCCUGCCUUAUCGGAAUCCAGUGUUGUGCAGCCACCCACAAAAUCGGAAUCCAGUGUUGUGCAGCCACCCACAAAAUCGGAAUCCAGUGUUGUGCAGCCACCCACAGAAUCGAAAUCCACUGUUGUGCAGCCAUCUGUCGAAUCUGAAUCCACUGUUGUGCAGCCGCCUGCCUUAUCGGAAUCCAGUGUUGUGCAGCCACCCACAAAAUCGGAAUCCAGUGUUGUGCAGCCAUCUGUCGAAUCUGAAUCCACUGUUGUGCAGCCGCCUGCCUUAUCGGAAUCGAGUGUUGUGCAGCCACCCACAAAAUCGGAAUCCAGUGUUGUACAGCCACCCACAGAAUCGAAAUCCACUGUUGUGCAGCCGCCUGCCUUAUCGGAAUCCUCUGUUGUGCAGCCUACUGCUGAAACAGAUUCCACUGUCGUUCAGCCACAGUCUGCCGAGUUAGAAUUCACUAUUUUGGAACCGUCUUCCCAAUCGCAAUCCAUAAAUUUGCAACCCUCUGCCUUAUCACAAUCCACUGUUGUGCAUCCAUGUGCUAAGUCCGAUUCCACUGUUGCUCUGCCCUCUUCCAAAUCAGAACCCAGUACUGUGCAGCAGGCCUUGGAAUUCGAAGGCAGUGUUGUGGAGCAGACCGUGGAAUCGAAGCACAAUGUUGCAGAACAGUCCUUAGUAUUGGAUCCGAAUAUUUUACAUGUGCCUAUUGAAUCCAAACUUAAUAAUGUGCCUCAACUACCAGUCGUAUCAGGAUGUAGUGCUGUGCAACAGUGUGCUAAUUCAGAAGGCAGUAUUGUGAAUUCAAAAUCUAUUAAAUUUAGUUGCCAUGCUGCACUUCAAUUGAAGUCUAUUGCUGAUUCUUCGGACAUUUCAAAUCAUGGUGAGGAAUUGAAUCUUUCAGAUGAUUCAUUUUCAAUGAUUUCUGAAUGCUCUUAUGCAUCUGAUUCAUGUGAUAGUAUUCCUUCGUUCUUUUCUGAAUCAGUGGCACCAGAUACACCAUCUGAAAGUCCUAUUUCUAUUGAUGAUAAAGAGGAAUUUUUAUCACCUGUUUCCCCAACUUCCAUAGAAAAUAAAGUUUCUUUAUCUGAACUAAGUAAUAUGCCACCAGAUGAAAAUUGCUCAAAUCAACCAUCAAAAGAAAAAUCUGUGUCUAAAUUCGAAAGCAGUGUUAUAAGUACUGAAGAAUUUAAGUGUAAUGAUAUGCCUAUUACAGAUAACACAGAAAAUGAAUUAAAAAGUUGUAUUUCAAAUGGUGAAAAUAACUUAAACCACACACAUGCUUCAGAUCCUCAAAAUUUUGAUUCAAGUAGUAAACCUGAGUGCUUCCUUGAUGGAGAUGAAAAAAACGACUCUGGUAUGCCUAAUUGUUUGUCAUCAAAUGAAUCUGAUUAUAUGGAAACUAUUAAUGAAGAGAGUUCAGAUGAUAGUAUUCAUAUGAUGGAAGUGGAUACUGUGGAAGAACUUGCAUCCUCUGAUCUGUUUUCUAAGCCACAACAUUUACAGACUUCUAGGCAAUUUCUUGAAAAUGCUAGUGUCUCUGAAGGAACUGCAGAGGCUUAUAAUUCAGAAAGAAGAACAAAAGAACUUUUGAUGGAAGAAAGUCCUGUUUCAUAUACAUCUCUUAUUUCAACUUGUGGUUUGGUUUUCAAUGAUGUCAAUAAGAUUAGUACUUCUAGUGAAGAAAAGAAAGAGUCUCUUGCUAUUGGAAGUAAUAUACUGUCAUCUGUGAAUGCUAUUUCUUGGAAUCCCAACUAUGGUUGUCAUUUUUGGCUGGUUACAGGUGGGAAUGCAGGAGUUGCUCGGCUUAUUUGUGUAUCCGAACUCGGCACACAAGAAAAUAUUUCGCUGUUAGACAAAGAAAGCAUUAUGUGAUAAAAAAAAAAAAGUAAUUUCAUCUGUACAUUGCCAGUACUAUCCAAUCAAAAGUGUUUUUGUAAAAAUCAGUGGUAUAGUUCAAUAUUCAGUGAAUGAAUGCAUUGUGUAUAAUUAAUUUACUUACUAUGUUUACUUGAUAUUAUUAUCCUCAUAAAUGUGAAAAUUAUACUCCAGAACAUAAAAAUAUGUAUACUUUUUACAUACAAAGCUCAAUUAAUCACUUGACCUGCUUUCAUUAUUUAUUUUAUUUCUCAUUUGUUUUGUCCAGCUGACUAAAUACAAUUCCAAAAUAUUUUAUCAAUUAUUUUUUUAAAUAUUAUUAUUAUGGAUUGUUUUAUUAAAUCGAGUUAUAUGAAUAUUUAUUGACUAACUGUACAUAAUUUAAAGAUCAUUUAGAUAAAAAAAAUACUCAUAUUUUUGUAUUCAGAAAGUUACAAUUUAAUUUUUAAUGCCUUUUAUGUUAAUAUUCUUGUCACUGUGUUGUUUUAUUGAGAUAUUGGUACUAUGUUUAUUAAAACAGAAAGUCCUCUACUUUUACUUUUUCAAAAUAUAUUCUUAAUUUGUUUUCCUUUUUAUGUUUUUUAAAUGUGCUUUUUCUUUGUGUGUGUGUGUGUGUGUGUGUGUGUGUGUGUGUGUGUGUGUGUGUGUGUAAAAUAAUACUCAAUGAAUUUAUAUUAUGAAUGUACGAGUAUUUGUUCUAUUCAUAUAAUUGGUUAGUAUGUUUUCCUAUGGAGCAAUCGCUGCUACUUAAGGGGGAGGGGGACCUAACUUUUAUUAUUGCUUUGUUGAAGAUAUUAAAAAUUACUGUUUUAAAGGUUUGUCUUUAUGUUCUGUUGUUAUAGAAACGUGUAAUUGAUGACUUGCAAUUUUUAUCUUUCCAUUUUAAAUAUUCAAAUGUUUUGUUAAAAAAUACUGUUAAAAAAAACUUACCUCGGUAAAUAUGAAGGAAGUGCGAAUAUAAAUAUUACUUUGAAUUGUUUUAAGUUUGAACUCGUGUACUUUCCCGAAGCAGAUACACUUAGAUAAUUAAUGAAAUUUUAAAUUUUCUUUAAAGCAAAUACGGCUACCUACAGUAUAAACUGUAAGAAAUAAUGGGACCACUUUUUAUAUUUUUUUGAAAUAUUUCUGCCAUUCUAGAGAUUUUUGGAGGCAUCCCAGUUAAUGAUUAUUGAAGACAUUAAAAUGUUUUUCCGGGGUUACUAAAUUUUAGAAGGUGAUUUUUUCAUUAUUUCGUAUUUUAAAUUUUAUAUCUUUCUUAUAAUUUUUACAACAGUUAUUUUAAUAGUUAAUGUCGAUUCAUUCUCAUAAAUCGUUGCUAAGUUAGAGUAAUUAGACAUUAAUAGCACAAUAUUAACGUUUUUUAGACGUGUGUCCAGAAAUUUAGUUAAGCAUUAUUUUCUUUUUUAAGUUAUAUUCUGUUUAAUGUCUUCUCAACUACAUUUAAACCCUGUAUAAAAUGAUUAGAUUGUAAGCAUUGGUAAAAACUUUAACAACAUGACAUCCUAGAACAUGUUUGAGAAUUUAAUUUUCAAACAAUACAAAAACUAAUAACAAUAUUAAAAAAUUUUAAAGAAAUAAUAAAUAAAUUUGAUUAAAAGGAUUCCUGAAAUUUACUAAUGUGAUACAGGAUUUCAUAACAUAUGUAAAUAUAAUUAAAUAUUUUAUUCUAAAAUGCAUAAAGGAAGGAUUCACCUGAGUUAAGUAAUUACAGUUGUUUGUUUUUAUUGAACAUCCUUUAACUUCCAUGACUUUGGCAUUGUAGAACAAGGAUAUUGUGACUUAAAUUAAGUAAUUUAAAAUGACUUAUUUUUCCGCAGGCACAAAAUAGAAGCCAAAAUCAUCCUGAAAGAACUGAAGAUAUUUUUCCAAAAAUUAAAAAACAAACUUUUGAGAUAAAUGCAUUCAACUGUUAUGGAGAAAAUAUUUCAUAAAUACUGUUGUUUGUUUUUAUUAAAAUACAUAUUAAUAAUUUCGUUCAAUAUUGAAUUAACGAAGAUAUUUUUUUUAGUCAUAACAACUUAUGUUUUGAAAGUGUCCUUCAAUCCCAAAUUUCUUCUUUAUACACUUUGUUUUGCAUUGAUUUGCAUAGUAUUGUUUUUAGGAACCUAAAAUCAUGUUAUAUAGUGGUAAUAAGAGAAAAGAAAGUAUUAUGAAAUUUCAGUUUUUCUAUUCUUUGGGUACUUAAUAGUGAUGCUAUAAUAAUUAAUAUUUCGUUUCUCAAAUUUUGUCGCAGCAUUCACUGAAAGAAUUUGUGUAUCAGUUAGGUGUGCGUUUGCAUUUUAAAUUAAAGAUUAUAUAUUGGUUGUUGUUUUUCUACCAUAUUGGGCCUUACAUUUGGCUAUUUAAUCCAUUUUGACCAGAAUUUACCGUUCGUGCUUAUUAAAUGCAAUUUGAUCUUUGAGUCAUCACUAAUAAUAUGUAAAUAAAAUAUGAUAAUAUAAUAUCUUAAUAAAUAUAGAUUAGUUUUGUAAAGUAUUUUGUAUAAAGCAUAGUUUUACAACUCUUGUCUCUUCAUAUUUUGGUUUUAGAAACAUAGUUAAAAAAUGGUAAUUAAAAUUUCAUAUUUAAAUUUUAUCCUCAAUUCACAAUAAGAAGUUGUGAAAUGAAAUAGGACUUUUUUAACAUAACUUCAUUUUGAUUAAUAUUUGCUUAUUUUUAAAUUUAAUGAGCUUUCCCCCUCCCCCUUUUGUUGAGCAAUCUGCUAAAUAUUUAUUAGCACGUAACUUAUAAGUGCAUAAAUUGUAAAAAUCCGCUUUCUCCCCAUGUUAUUGUAUGAACUAUGAAUUUUACUGAGAAAGUUAUUUCAAGUACAAAAUACUAAGUGCAAUUUAGUCCUUAAUAAUGUUGCUCCUUAAUCCUUUUAUGAAAUUUCCCAUGUAUAAAAUAUGUACAAUUACAAAAACAAUCACUUGGUGUGCAUUAUGAAAUAAACUAUUGAUAAAUGUUUGAAUAAUAUAUCGUCUAUGUUUUUAUUUAAAAAGAUUUAAAUAGUUUAGAAGUUUUCUGUGAAAGUACUAUCAACAAUUUUUCUUAAGUAAUUAAAAUUUUGUUGUCCUCUUUAUAACAAGUAAUUGAUAGUUAUUUUUUCUUGAUAUCCUAAAAAUAAAAUUUAAACAGAUGUCUAGUUUCUAUCAUGUUUCCUGUUCAAUGGCAAUUUACAUGCUGCUGUUUAUUUAAUAGUUGCGUUUUUUAAAGAAAAUUUAAUAUGUGUAAAUAUAUUUGAACAUAUUUUAAUAAAAUGUUUAGGCAGGUUUUCCCUUGUAGGAAAAAUAAUGAAUGAAAUUAUUUAAAUUAUAAGAGGAUUCUUUAGUUGCUAUUUCAAGAACCUCUGAAGAAUAUAGCAGAGACUCUUGGAGACAAAUUCGUUUAAAAUAAACUUUGGUUAUUUUACUUUAAUUCCCAUUUUCUGCUUAGUAAUCUAUGCAUUAAUAGAAGAAAUCAUGUUUGAAGAUAUAUUUAAAUUCUUAAUUUUGACUUGUUUUCAUGUAGAAAGAACGGGUGGAGGGACAAUUAAAUAUUUCUUGUUUUUGUAGUUUGAUUUUUUUAUAAUUAUGCUCAAAAUUAAUUAUUUUCCAUUUGGAAAUUCAAAUAAAUGUGCAGAUAAUUUGAAAGUUAUUGUUUAAUUUAAUAUCAAACACUCGGAUGUUUUUUAAAUGCUCAUUUGCAUUGAAAUAACUUCCAAAUAUAAAUUUGUUCAGCCCAUUAAUUGCAAUGACUUCCCAAUAUUUCUCCCCAUCGCUAUAAAAUCCUACAUGUGUCAAUUGAGAAUGUUAUUGAGCUGGUAUUCUUGUCGCUGUAAUGCAAUCUUUCCUUAUUAAAAUACAAUGUUAAAAAAAAAAAAAAAAAAAAAAAAAAAAAACGCUUGUUAGUGAAGCUAUAGCGGGAGAUAAAGGCACCUCAUGUAACAUACAUACAAUUUUAUUAUUGUAUUAUUCACAUUUGACGCAUUUCAAAAUGCAAUAAUAUUUAUAUUAUUGCAUUUUGAAAUAAUAUUAAUAUUUGACGCAUUUAAUGUUAAUGCAAUCACAUCUAAUGUGUGUCUACCAGGAGAACACUUCCCGCCAAAUAUCUAUGUUUAUGGCGGGCGCGAAGAAACAGGUUACUGUAGGAAGAGUUCAUUUCGCGUAGGUAGAAGUUCCUUCAAGUUUCUUACAUUGGCUAAUUAGCGCCAAACUGGCGAUAUUUUAUAUUUCAUUUAAUUUUGAAAAUAAAUUCAAAAAAUGAUUCACUAAACUCAAAAUUAUUUACUCGGAAAAUUUGAAUACUCGGAAUCUUGAAAAUAUCUGAUAUUCCUGCCAUAUGUAUAACAACACAAACGAAAUGGAGAAACUGGAUAAUUCGUAUCUCUAACGAUUACUCAAUAAGAAAAUCAAUUAAGAAAUCCAAUGUAGAAUCAUACGUGACAAAAAAAAAUUGUCUUCCUUUCAUUUGUUUAAAAUGUAUGUAAGUAAUUAAUAUAAAAUUAUCCGGAGCGAAUGCGAGGUAAUCUGUUUCAUU